AUGGAGUACUCUUCCGGUUCAAAUAGUACUGCAAAAAACGAAGAAAUCAAAUCUUCUUUAUCAUCGGCCGAUUUCUCCGGAGAAGAAGCUUCUAGAAGAACGUUGAUCGGAGUCCGAAAAAUGCCGUGUGGAAAAUACGCAGCGGAAAUACGAGAUUCAACUAGGUGCAGGAUCCGCGUUUGGCUCGGAAAAUUCAACACGGAGGAAGAGGCGGCCUUAGCGUACGAUCAAGCUGCAUUCAAGAUGCUGGGCCCGUCGAUUCCGCUCAAUUUUCCAUUGGAAAAAGUAAUUGAAUCACUCGAGAAGAUGAAUUGCAGCGGCGAAGAGGGUUCUUCACCUGCGAAAGCACUCAACGAGUCGAAUAAAACGAUAAAUUUGUCGACUAAACAAAGAACGAUAAAUACAAGUGAGGAGGAAGAUAUUGUUGUUUUUGAGGAUUUAGGAUUUGAUUUGCUGGAUUAG